AUAACUUUCAAAGCUGCCUUUCAGAGGCCAGUGUCCGGCAUUUCCUGCAUUGUGGCCUGGAGGCUGAAUGUGAAUCUGAUUUCUAGUAAAAUUACACGGUUCCUUUGACAAAGUCCAGCUGUUUAUCCCAGAGACUGCACAAUUUUCCGUUUAUACGCAUGGGCCAAUGCUGACUGGAAAUCAUUGCAAAAAGCUUUUCUAUCAGGCGUGGGGUGUGAUGUUGAGCCAAACUGUGCAACAGAAGAAAUUGGAAGAAAUUAAAGUACUGUCCGGGUGUGGUGGUUCUCGCCUGUAAUCCCAGCUACUCGGGAGGCUGAAGCUUUUUUUUAGACUUUUCUGCUUGUUCCUUACUCUUGAAAAGGUCUGCCAUCCAUUAUUCAAGAAAGCCCUUUAAGAGGGUUUGAGGUGUUUUAGCUGGGCUUGUGCCAAAAGUUUCCAUUUUAUUGGCUUGCUGAAGGACUGCAUUUAAAAAUGCCCACAAUUCCGAGCAAGAAGCAGGUCCCGCCCCCUCUGCUGACGUCACACCUGCAGAUUGGCAGAUGGAGCUGUGGGCGCACCCGGAGUUGAGCGGGAACCCGAGACCUGGCAGUCGCCAUGACUGGCUGUCAGGCGUCAUCAAGACGCCGAGGCUUCGGUCUCUUUUUCUUGCCUCUACGCUGCUUCCUGUUGUUUCUGGUUUUGCUUAGGACGCUGGCCUACAAACUUAACGUGCCACAGGUGUUGCUACCCUUCAGCCAGGAGUCAGGCCGGGAGCCUUUCCUGCUGGAGGCCCAGCGGGGCUGCUACACUUGGCAUUCCACCCAUCAUGAUGCAGUUACUGUUGAGCCUUUAUAUGAAAAUGGCACCUUGUGUUCCCAAAAAGCUGUACUCGUUGCAGAAUCUACCCAACCGAUGCGCCUCAGCAGUGUUAUUCUUGCUCGAGAAAUAGUGACUGACCAUGAGCUACGCUGUGAUGUUAAGAUUGAUGUGAUAAAGAGGAUCGAAAUUGUAUCUCGGGCCCGGGAACUUUAUGUAGAUGAUUCACCACUGGAACUGAUGGUGAGGGCAUUGGAUGCUGAAGGAAAUACUUUUAGUAGUUUGGCAGGGAUGAUGUUUGAGUGGAGCAUUGCCCAGGACAACGAGUCAGCAAGAGAAGAACUGUCUAGUAAAAUUAGGAUUCUUAAAUACUCUGAAGCAGAAUAUUCUCCCCCGGUAUAUAUAACCAAGAUGGAAAAAGAGGAGAAACAAGGAGAUAUGAUUUUAGUGUCCGGGAUUAGAACUGGUGCUGCUGUUGUAAAAGUUCGAAUUCAUGAACCAUUCUAUAAGAAGGUGGCAGCAGCAUUGAUACGUCUGCUUGUUUGGGAGAAUAUAUUUCUUAUACCAUCCCAUGAUAUUUACCUCUUAGUAGGAGCAUAUAUUAAAUACCAAGUUGCAAAAAUGGUUCAAGGGAGAAUGACAGAGGUGAAAUUUCCCCUGGAACAUUAUACACUGGAAUUGCAAGACCAUAGAGUUGCAUUUAAUGGUUCUCAUUCUAAGAAAGUAGCUUUACUGGAUGACAAAACAGCCAUGGUGACUGCCUUACAACUGGGCCAGACUAAUCUUGCCUUUGUCCAUAAAAAUGUUCAUAUGCGAUCUGUGUCUGGACUCCCAAAUUGCACAAUAUAUGUUGUAGAGCCUGGAUUUUUAGGUUUCACUGUCCAGCCUGGAAAUCGAUGGAGUCUAGAGGUGGGACAGUUGUAUGUCAUUACAGUAGAAGUCUUUGAUAGAAGCAGCACGAAGGUCUAUAUUUCAGAUAAUCUCAGGAUUACACACGACUUUCCUAAGGAGUACUUUGAAGAGCAACUAACUACUGUGAAUGGCUCUUACCACGUAGUAAAAGCCCUGAAAGAUGGUGCUGUGGUAAUAAAUGCAUCCUUGACCUCCAUCAUUUACCAGAAUAAAGAUAUUCAGCCUAUAAAAUUUCUAAUCAAACACCAACAAGAAGUGAAGAUUUAUUUUCCCAUCAUUCUUACACCCAAAUUUCUGGCAUUUCCUUAUCAUCCUAUGGGAAUGUUAUAUCAUUAUAAAGUACAGGUAGAGGGUGGCAGUGGCAACUUUACCUGGACUUCUUCUAAUGAAACAGUGGUCAUGGUAACCAUGAAAGGAGUGGUGACUGCAGGUCAGGUCAGGGGGAACAGUACUGUUUUGGCCCGAGAUGUACAAAAUCCCUUUCGAUAUGGAGAAAUUAAGAUACAUGUCCUGAAACUGAACAAAAUGGAACUGUUACCAUUUCAUGCUGAUGUGGAGAUUGGCCAGAUUAUAGAAAUCCCCAUUGCAAUGUAUCACGUAAAUAAAGAGACUAAAGAAGCUAUGGCAUUCACAGACUGCUCUCAUUUAUCCUUGGAUCUGAACAUGGAUAAACAAGGAGUCUUUACUCUUCUCAAAGGAGGUAUUCAAAGACCUGGACCAAUGCAUUGUUCCAGUAUAUAUAUGGCAGCUAAAUCACUUGGCCAUACUCUGGUAACAGUAAGUGUGAAUGAAUGUGAAGAGUACUUGGAGAGCAGUGCCACAUUUGCUGCUUAUGAACCCCUAAAGGCUCUAAAUCCUGUGGAAGUAGCAUUGGUGACAUGGCACUCUGUGAAGGAAAUGGUAUUUGAAGGGGGUCCUCAUCCAUGGAUCUUGGAGCCCUCCCGAUUUUUUUUUGAAUUGAGUGUGGAGAAGACAGAGAAGAUUGGAAUAGCACAAGUGUGGCUGCCAUCUAAGAGAAAACAGAACCAGUACAUCUACCGGGUCCAAUGCCUGGAUUUAGGGGAACAAGUUCUCACAUUCCAAAUUGGAAAUCACCCAGGUGUCCUGAACCCUAGUCCAGCUGUAGAGGUUUUGCAGGUUCGCUUCAUAUGUGCCCACCCUGCUAGUAUGUCAGUAACACCAGUAUACAAGGUGCCAGCUGGUGCCCAGCCAUGUCCUCUGCCACAGCACAACAAACAACUGAUUCCUGUAUCAAGCCUAAGGGACACAGUCCUGGAACUAGCAGUGUUUGAUCAACAUAGGAGAAAGUUUGAUAAUUUCAGUUCACUAAUGCUAGAAUGGAAAUCCUCUAGUGAAACACUAGCCCAUUUCGAAGAUGAUAAAUCAGUGGAAAUGGUAGCAAAAGAUGAUGGCAGUGGGCAGACCUGGUUACAUGGUCAUCAGAUUCUGAAAGUACAUCAGAUAAAAGGGACUGUACUCAUUGGAGUCCAUUUUGUGGGCUACUCAGAGAAGAAAAGCCCAAAAGAAAUUUCCAACUUGCCCAUAUCUACAACUGUGGAGCUGCUCCUGGUAGAUGAUGUAACUGUAGUGCCUGACAAUGCCACCAUCUAUAACCACCCUGAUGUGAAGGAAGUAUUUACCCUUAUGGAAGGAUCUGGUUAUUUUUUAGUCAACAGCAGUGAGCAGGAUGUUGUCACCAUCAUUUACAUGGAAGCAGAAAGCUCUGUUGAGUUAGUUCCAUUACAUCCUGGAUUUCUUGCCUUGGAGGUGUAUGAUCUUUGUUUGGCUUUCUUGGGUCCAGCAACAGCCCAUCUCAGUGUGUCAGACAUACAAGAGCUGGAGCUUGAUCUGAUUGAUAAGGUUGAAGUAGGAAAAACUGUGUUAGUGACUGUGAGGGUUCUUGGCUCUUCCAAACGCCCAUUCCUAAAUAAAUACUUCAGAAACAUGGAGCUCAAACUGCAGUUGGCUUCUGCCAUUGUCACCCUGACGCUAAUGGAGGAACAAGACAAAUACUCUGAAAAUUAUAUCCUUCGAGCGAUCACUGUUGGGCAAACCACACUUGUGGCUAUUGCCAGGGACAAGAUGGGAAGAAAACACACAUCAGCUCCUCAGCACAUUGAAGUGUUUCCUCCAUUCAGACUUCUUCCAGAGAAAAUGACACUGAUUCCAACAAAUAUGAUGCAGGUAAUAUCUGAAGGUGGUCCCCAGCCACAAUCCAUCAUUCAUUUCUCCAUCAGUAAUCAGACGGUGGCUGUUGUUAAUAGGAAGGGGCAAGUUACAGGGAAGAUGAUUGGCACAGCUGUGGUUCAUGGCACCAUCCAGACAGUAAAUGAAGAUACUGGCAAAGUCAUUGUGUUUUCCCAGGAUGAAGUACAGAUUGAAGUUGUUCAGCUAAGGGCUGUUAGGAUCCUUGCAGCUGCAACUCGGCUCAUCACAGCUACCAAGAUGCCAGUCUAUGUCAUGGGAGUUACCAGUACCCAGACCCCUUUCUCCUUCAGCAAUGCUAAUCCUGGGCUCACAUUCCACUGGUCUAUGAGCAAAAGAGAUGUAUUGGAUCUAGUGCCCAGGCAUUCAGAGGUUUUUCUACAGCUCCCAGUAGAGCAUAACUUUGCCAUAGUUGUCCACACAAAAGCAGCAGGCCGGACCAGUAUCAAGGUCACUGUUCACUGCAUGAACAGUUCCUCUGGGCAGUUUGAGGGGAAUUUGUUGGAACUCUCUGAUGAAGUACAGAUCCUGGUGUUUGAAAAACUCCAACUUUUCUAUCCAGAGUGCCAACCUGAGCAGAUUCUGAUGCCUAUAAAUUCUCAGCUCAAACUCUAUACCAACAGGGAAGGAGCUGCCUUCGUGAGUUCUCGUGUUCUUAAGUGUUUCCCUAAUUCAUCCGUCAUUGAGGAGGAUGGUGAAGGGCUCCUGAAAGCUGGUUCCAUUGCAGGUACUGCUGUAUUGGAAGUCACUUCUAUAGAACCUUUUGGAGUCAACCAAACAACCAUAACUGGAGUCCAGGUAGCACCGGUGACAUACCUGCGAGUGAGCAGCCAACCCAAGCUAUACACGGCCCAAGGAAGGAUCCUGUCAGCAUUUCCCCUGGGCAUGUCUCUAACCUUCACUGUUCAGUUUUAUAAUAGCAUUGGAGAGAAAUUCCACACACACAAUACCCAGCUUUAUCUGGCUCUGAACAGAGAUGAUUUGCUGCUUAUUGGACCAGGGAAUAAGAACUAUACUUACAUGGCCCAGGCUGUGAACAGAGGGCUGACACUUGUGAGGAUUUGGGACCAGAGACACCCAGGCAUGGCAGAUUAUAUUCCUGUUGCUGUAGAGCAUGCCAUUGAGCCAGACACCAAGCUUACCUUUGUUGGAGAUGUCAUCUGCUUCAGUACUCACCUUGUCACCCAGCAUGGUGAACCUGGGAUGUGGAUGAUUUCUGCUGACAAUAUUCUACAGACGGACAUUAUCACUGGAGUAGGAGUGGCCAGGAGUCCAGGGACUGCAAUGAUUUUUCAUGACAUCCCAGGAGUAGUGAAAACAUAUCGAGAAGUGGUGGUCAAUGCAUCAUCAAGAUUAAUGCUUAAUUAUGACCUCAACACUUAUCUCACCAAUACCGUCAAUUCAACUGUAUUCAAGCUUUUCAUCACCACUGGCAGAAAUGGUGUCAAUCUUAAAGGAUCCUGUACCCCAAACCAGGCCUUGGCUAUUACAAAAGUACUUCUUCCAGCUACCCUCAUGCUGUGCCAUGUACAGUUCAGUAAUACUUUGCUAGAUAUUCCAGCAAGUAAGGUCUUUCAUGUCCAUUCUGAUUUUAGUAUGGAGAAAGGGGUUUAUGUCUGCAUAAUCAAGGUUCAACCGCAGUCAGAGGAGCUGCUACAGGCCCUCAGUGUGGCUGACACCUCAGUCUAUGGGUGGGCUACACUGGUCAGUGAACCUAACAAGAAUGGAAUGCAACGAAUCCUCAUUCCUUUCAUCCCAGCCUUUUAUAUUAACCAGUCAGAACUGGUUCUUAGCCACAAACAAGAUAUCGGGGAGAUAAGAGUACUGGGAGUGGACAGAGUUCUUGGGAAGCUAAAGGUUGUCUCCAGCUCCCCAGUUCUAGUGGUUGCUGGCCAUAGCCACUCUCCCCUCACUCCUGGCCUGGCCAUCUACCCUGUUAGAGUGGUCAACUUCACUUCCUUCCAACAGAUGGCAUCACCUGUUUUCAUCAAUAUUUCCUGUGUACUCACCAGUCAAAGUGAGGCAGUGGUAGUGAGGGCUAUGAAAGAUAAGUUGGGUGCAGAUCAUUGUGAAGAUUCAGGCAUCGUCAAGAGGUUCAGUAGCUCUUACCAGAUCCUGCUCUUGACCCUCUUUGCAGUGCUGUCAUCAACAGCUUUCAUCUUUCUAGCAUACAACGCCUUCCUAAACAAGAUACAAAGAGUUCCAGUUGUGUAUGUACCAACUCUAGGAACACCACAGCCAGGUUCUCUUAACACAAGUUCUCCCCCUCCCUUCAUGAGUCCACAGCCUCCGUCAGCCCAAAGUCGGCUGCAACAUUGGCUGUGGAGUGUAAGGAACUAACCUCUGCUUGGACAAGUUCCUAACUGUAGGGGAAUGAAGAUUUCUAGUCCUAGACAAAAACAGCAACUUCUACACUGUUUUCAGACAAGACUUCUAAGAACUAUAAAGGACCCUAAGCUGUUUCUUAAAA